UGGGGGAUUCCGCCUCCCUGAAGCCGAGCGGCUGAGCCGUGUGGAUAAUCGGGGCGCGCUCGCGUGUUCUCGCUCCGCUGCCGCCGCGGCCGGGGACCUCCGGGGCGGGGAGCCGGCCGAGCCGGGGUCUGUGCGGGUCUGGCACACGUGCUCCUGGCCCUGGGGACGACUCCAGAAGGGACCCGCGAUUAGGGGACACCGGGCUGGGUGGUGCUCCGGGGACGCGGCGGAGUCAGGUGUUCGGCCAGACGCCCUUCUGACCUCUGAGGCUCGCUUGCAAAAUUGUUCGGGGGGGGGGGGCGACCAGUACUCCCCGAUGAAAGGUGGGUUCUGGGUCCUCCGACGCUCGCUCGCCGACGGCCGCGGAGUCACGAGGACGCCCGAGGCGGACCCGCCCCAGCCGAGCGGGGCCUGUGCCGACCUGCCCCUAUCCCUCCUGGUGGUCCAUUUUUGGGCACCAUGGGCUCCGCAGUGUGCUCAGAUGAACGACGUGAUGGCAGAGUUGGCCAAAGAGCACCCGCAAGUUUCGUUUGUGAAGUUGGAAGCAGAAGCCGUUCCUGAAGUAUCUGAAAAAUAUGAAAUUAGUUCUGUUCCCACCUUUCUGUUUUUCAAGAAUUCUCAGAAAAUUGACCGAUUAGAUGGUGCACAUGCCCCAGAGUUGACCAAAAAAGUUCAGCGACACGCAUCUAGCGGCUCCUUCCCACCCAGUGGUAAUGAGCACCCAAAAGAAGACCUCAACCUGCGCCUGAAGAAGUUAAUUCAUGCCGCGCCAUGCAUGCUGUUUAUGAAGGGGACCCCUCAGGAGCCCCGCUGCGGUUUCAGCAAGCAGAUGGUGGAAAUCCUUAACAAACAUAAUAUUCAGUUUAGCAGUUUUGACAUCUUCUCAGAUGAAGAAGUCCGUCAAGGCCUCAAAACCUAUUCCAACUGGCCCACCUAUCCCCAGCUCUACGUGUCUGGGGAGCUCCUGGGAGGACUGGAUAUAAUCAAGGAGCUGGAAGCCUCUGACGAACUAGGAACGAUUUGCCCCAAAGCUCCCAACUUAGAAGAAAGGCUCAAACUACUGACAAAUAAAGCUUCUGUGAUGCUCUUUAUGAAAGGAAACAAACAGGAAGCAAAAUGUGGAUUCAGCAAACAAAUUCUGGAAAUACUAAAUAGUACUGGGGUUGAAUAUGAGACAUUUGAUAUAUUGGAAGACGAAGAAGUUCGGCAGGGGUUAAAAACUUUCUCGAAUUGGCCCACGUACCCUCAGCUCUAUGUGAAAGGGGAGCUUGUUGGAGGUCUGGAUAUUGUUAAGGAGCUGAAAGACAACGGAGAGCUGCUGCCGGUGCUGCGAGGAGAGAACUAGAGGCCCGGGUGCGGCGGGGCCGCUCAAGUCUCCGCGCUCAGAGGUGGGCGAGGGGCAGAGACUGCCGCUCGCCCGGUUACGCUCCGUGUGUUUCACAAGCUUGUGCUAAAUAUAUGUAAGUUUUGUUUUUUCCACCAAACAGAAUGCAAUAAACACCCUCAAAAUCCAGUUAAAAA